AUGUCUCAAGAGUUACCGAAGAGGAUUUUUAAGGAGGGCGAGGAGACCCAAGUGACUCAGAUCAACAACAACUGCAGGAUCGACUUCAUUAUCAGAAAGUUGGAGGAGUGGCUGCCAAAUGAGUUGAGAGAAGUGAAGAAAGAUCCGGUUUUUAGUCAGAUUUUUAAGCUGCAUGAGAAUGGUCUUGGGUUCUCCGCGAGAGUGAUACACAGCUUCUUGUGUAGGGAGCUGGUGACUUACAAACAGCACGAGCUCUGGUUUGUCUUUGCGAGGAGAGCACUUCGGUUUUCACUGCAAGAGUUCCACGCAGUAACCGGGCUUCAGUGCGAUACUAGUAUUUCGCUUCAGGAGUUCAGUGACUGGGAUGAUGAUGAUGGGUUCUGGAGCAGGGUAUUGAGGAAGAAAGAAGGGAUUACAAUCUACAAUCUGUGGAUUAAGCACAAGAAUGCGGUGAAGAAGUGGCGUAAUGCAGAUCGCAUCAGAUUGGUCUACCUUUGCAUGAUUAUGUAUGUGGUUUUAGCGAGAGAUGAGAAGGCUAAUAUCCCCCUCAAAUACAUCAAGGUGGUCAUGGAUCUUGAGAAGCUUCGUAGGUAUCCUUGGGAAGUUGCUGCUUAUGAUUUCCUCUGCGAGUCAGUAGUAAAAACGCGUGACUUCCUAUCUGAGAAGACUACUAGUUACGUCUUCGAUGGCUUCUCCUACGCCUUGCAAAUUUGGGCAAUGGAAGCUGUACCAAAGAUUGGAAAGCUCUGUGGUAAAAAGCUGGUCAAGGGUUUUAAGGAUGGUCCUAGAUGCGUUAACUGGAUGGGAGCUGCGAAGGUGUCAUAUGACGAGAUCAUUCACUUGGAGAGCAUCUUCACAAACAAGGAUGUCACUUUUCCAUACAUCUCAUGGACAGGGAAUAUGGAUGUUGUCGAGGAUGACCAAUUUCGCAGAGCUGGUGAUGUGAGGGAUGAUAGAAUCAUCGUUCUGAAGGAGAUGAUAAGUAAGAAGUAUGACUUCAGUGAGCACAUCUGGGAGUACGAAAAAACUCCGGAGAUUUCUUUAGAUCUUAAUGACGAAGCUGUGAAUGUUGAAGAAGCUGCGAAUGGUGAAGGAAAUGGGAAUGAGAGUGAUGAAGACUUUCAGACUCCAAGAGGAUCAACGAGUGAUGUGUCAUCUAGAAAGGGAAAGGGAAAGAAGAGGCUUCCGGAUCGUGGUAUGGAGAAAAGAAAGCAUAAGGUUCUCUCUAGUGGACCAAAGCAAGCACCUUUUAGUGAAGACAUGAAAGCUUUUAUGACCCAGUUGUUUGAGGCGAAUUUCUCUGGAAUAGAGCAGAGGCUACAUAAACAGAUGGAUGAGAAAUUUGAGCAGAUGAAGGCAGAGCUUAGAGAUUCACGCAAGGAAGCAACGGUUGAAGUUGAGCUUGGAGACCUAUCACCGAGCAAGUCAUCACCGAGCAAGCCAUCACCGAGGAAGCCAUCACCGAGGAAGCCCUCGACUUCACAGUCAUCGUUGAGGAGGUCCAAACGCGGGGUAAAGAAAAACUAG